AUGGCUGAAAGUAAUGCCUUGGAGAAUAUAUAUGUUGACUUGCGUGGGGUUGAGGAUGACGUUGCUUCCAUACACCAUGGUGUUGCAGGAAAUUUGUCUCCAAGAUUGGUUGUCCUACCACAGAAGCUGCUGGAAUCAUCAAGGCCCUCGUUAAAUAUUGAUCAAUCACAAAUGGCUGACCGUGAAUUCAGACAAAUGCAAGGAAAGGGUGUUCGUGCUCGAUUUCCAUCCAACAGACAGUUAAGGUCAGAGACAUCAUCCAAAAACUCAUUCCAUAGAAGAGCUCGAAUUUCAAAAAGAUUGGAUAGAUUUUUAGUCAAUGGGGCUUGUUUAGAUCUCUCCGAUGCCAUUUCUGUGCUCCACUUGACAAGACACCCCUCGGAUCAUGCUCCGUUGAAGAUUUCGUUUGUAACUAGGUUGGAUAAUAAGCCACGUCCUUUCUGCUUCUUGAAUGUUUGGACGUCCAAACCUGAACUCAUAGAGGUGAUUCGCCAGGCUUGGAAUCAAGAUGUUGAUGGACCUCCGUUGCAAGUUUUAUGCUCUAAAUUAUUGGCAACGAGAAGGGCUAUUCAAUCAUGGAACAAGCAACACUUUGGGAAUGUUAUAGACUCUGUGCAUUCUGCAAAAAUGGCGGUACAAUGGGCAGAGGAGAUGGUUGAUCAAGAUGACUCCGAGGAAUGCCAGAUUGAGCUAAACAAGGCUCAAGCGAAGCUCUGCCAUGCAUUGUUAAUUGAAGAGCAGUUUUGGAGGCAAAAGGCUAGAGUCAAAUGGCUUCAAGAGGGAGACAGAAAUUCAAGAUAUUUUCACGCGGUAGUAAGACAGAGACGUGUUCAAGGAAUGAUACACCACAUCAAAAAUUCUAAUGGAGUUUGGGUGGACACGGAUGAUGAUAUAGCACUUGAAGCAACAACAUAUUUUCAUGAUCUUUUCACAGGCCCUUUGGAUUCAUAUUCCAAUAUGUCGCACCUAAUCCCGCAUAUGGUUUCUCAAGAGGAAAAUACGAAGCUGGAGUCAGUGCCUACGAUCGAGGAGGUAUAUCGAGUAAUAAAAUCAAUGGAUGGGGAUAGUGCUGCUGGCCUGGAUGGUUUCACAGGAAAAAUUUUUACAUUUGCGUGGGAAGUGAUCGCCCAAGAUGUAUACAAUGAGGUGGUAUCGGGUAUGGGGAAAAAGAUUAGAGGUGGUAAUGUGGUUAUGAAGUUAGACAUGUCUAAGGCAUAUGACCGGGUGGCUUGGGGUCACAUCAUUAAUGUUCUGAGAAGAUUUGGCUUUGGGGAAAUAUUUAUUGAUAUGGGUGAUCCAUUAUCACCUGCGCUUUUCAUUAUCGGAGCUGAAGUGUUGUCUAGAGGAUUGAAUAACCUUGUAGUGCAGUUGGGCUUCAUAGGCAAUCAUGCAGGUGUUAGAGGCCUAUCAAAGGUGUUCGGAGCAGCUAAUAAAUGUGCAAAAAAGUUGUUACUUAGUCCAUCCAACGGUGUCUUCGGCGAGAAGAAGGGUGAUUGA